AUGUGCAUAAACAUAACCACAUGUUUGUAUUGUUUUCCAACAGAGCCACAGAAACCAGACCUCAGGAUGGUUCUAGUUGGAAGAACUGGAUGUGGGAAGAGUGCAGCAGGAAACACCAUCUUAGGAGAAAAAGCUUUUAAAUCUUCCAGCCAUGUUUCUACUGUAAAGUUGGAGUGUCAGAAGGAAUCAGGACUGUUUGAGUGUCAACAACUGUCUCUAGUUGAUUCUCCAGGUCUGUUAAACACCAGAUUAUCUGAGGAUGAAGUGAAGAGAGAGAUCAGUAAAUGCAUGUCAUUGUCUGCUCCUGGUCCUCAUGUGUUCCUGGUGGUGAUUCAACCAAACAGAUUCACUAAAGAAGAACAGGAAACAGUGAAAAUCAUCCAGAAGAUCUUUGGAGAAGAAGCAGCUCGUUACACGAUGGUCUUGUUCACUCAUGGAGACGAUCUGGAGGAAGAUGGAGUCUCUAUAGAAGAUGUGAUUAGAGGAAACAAAGCUCUUCGUGACUUCAUCAGUGAGUGUGGAGGAAGAUUUCAUGUCUUCAACAACAGAGAUAAAGAUCCAUCUCAGGUCAGAGAUCUGCUGAAGAAGAUCAACUCUAUGGUCCAGAGAAAUGGAGGAAGAUACUUCACCAAUGAGAUGUUUGAAGAAGCUCAGAGCUCCAUAGAAAAGAAACCAAAGCUGAGGAUGGUUCUAUUUGGGAGAACUGGAGUUGGAAAGAGUUCAUCAGGAAACACCAUCUUAGGAAGAAGAGCUUUUAAAUCAACAGUGAGCUCUGCUUCAGUAACAUCAGAGUGUCAGAAGGGAACAGCAGAGUUUGAAGGUCAGAUCCUGGCUGUGGUUGAUACUCCAGGUCUGUUUGACACCAGAUUAAAUCAACAAGAUGUGAUGACAGAGAUCUAUAGAUGCAUGUCUUUCUCUGUUCCUGGUCUUCAUGUGUUCCUGGUGGUGAUUAAACCAAACAGAUUCACAGAAGAAGAACAGGAAACAGUUAAAAUCAUCCAGGAGAUCUUUGGAAAAGAAGCAGCUCGUUACAUGAUGGUCUUGUUCACUCAUGGAGACGAUCUGGAGGCAGAUGGAGUCUCUGUGGAUGAUCUGACUAGAGGAAACAAAGCUCUUAAUGAGUUAAUUGAACGGUGUGGAGGAAGAUUUCAUGUCUUCAACAACAGAGAUAGAGAUCCAUCUCAGGUCAGAGAUCUGCUGAAGAAGAUCAACAAAAUGGUUCAGAGAAAUGGAGGGAAACACUACACCAAUGAGAUGUUCAGAGAAGCUGAGAGAGCCAUAAGAAAAGAGACAGAGAAACUACAGAGAGAAAGUAGAAACAUGAUGAGAAGUGACACAUCAAAUAAAUGCUCCAUUCAGUGAAAUCCAUCAUUAAUUCUCCAUCAUCUCAUUAAAGCCUCAUUGCUGUAGAGAAUGAACUUCAGUCAUAUUAUGUUGGUUUGUUGUGUUUUUAUUGAAAGUCUCAUAAGUAGAUUAAUAUUAGUUUUACUGAGGGAAGAAUCUUAAUUUCACUGUGAAUUAUUAUUCAGUGAGUGUGUGACUCUUGAUGUCUUUAGUUAAUAAUCAGGUGAUCGUGGUUUUGUUUAAGGUUUCUUUCUGUUUUUCCUUCAUGCUGCUCUGGAGGCCACAUCCAGGUGGUAGCUGGUUAGCUCCAGUAGCUUCUCUAGUUUCUGAUGACAGCCAGCAUGGCGGAGAGGAACAGAGAGGAUUGUGGGUAACAUUCAUCUGUCUACAUUUUAUAAUCUUAGCAAUUAUGUUAUAUCACCAAUAAUAGCAUAUUUUAACUACAUUUCCACACUGUACAGAAUGUCUCUGUAUUUCAGUUUUCCUUCUCUUUGUGUUGUUUUUUCUGUAUAUUCUGCUUCACACCAGGGAUUUUUCAAUACGUGGGAUGAAUAAAUGUCUUCUGUUAUGUCCAG